ACAAUCAAAUGUGGAACUGAAAAGCCCUCAGGAGCAGCCUCUGCCCACAGAAAGUUCAGAAGUUUUAGGUGAUUACAGUUUAACCAAACCUCAUGAAACAGAAAAUGUAGAAAAUGCAGAAGCCCCUGCCAAUGAAGAUGAAGAUGUAGGAGAUGAUUCGAUGAGAAUCAAAGAUGAAUACAACGAAAGAGAUGAGAAUGUUUUAAAGCCAGAGCCCAUGGGAAACUCAGAAGAGCCUGAAAUUCCUUACAGCUAUGCAAGAGAAUAUAGCGAGUAUGAAAACAUUAAGCUGGAGAGACACACUGUCCCAUGUGACAGCAGCAGACCAGCCAGUGGCAAGAUGAGCUGUGAUGUGUGUGGCCUGUCCUGCAUUAGCUUCAAUGUCUUAAUGGUUCAUAAGCGAAGCCAUACUGGUGAGCGCCCGUUCCAGUGUAAUCAGUGUGGGGCAUCUUUUACUCAGAAAGGUAACCUCCUCCGCCACAUUAAGCUGCACACAGGGGAAAAACCUUUUAAGUGUCACCUCUGCAACUACGCAUGCCAAAGGAGAGAUGCACUCACGGGACACCUUAGGACACAUUCUGUGGAGAAACCCUACAAAUGUGAGUUCUGCGGAAGGAGUUACAAGCAGAGGAGUUCCCUCGAGGAGCACAAAGAGCGCUGCCGCACGUUUCUUCAGACCUCCGACCUGGGGGACACCGCAAGUGCGGAGGCAAGACACAUCAAAGCAGAGAUGGGAAGUGAAAGAGCUCUCGUUCUGGACAGAUUAGCAAGCAAUGUGGCAAAACGAAAAAGCUCAAUGCCUCAGAAAUUCAUUGGUGAAAAGCGCCACUGUUUUGACAUCAACUACAAUUCCAGCUACAUGUACGAGAAGGAGAGUGAGAUGAUGCAGACCCGGAUGAUGGACCAAGCCAUCAAUAACGCCAUCAGCUAUCUCGGUGCCGAAGCCCUGCGCCCCUUAGUCCAGACCCCACCUGCUCCCACCUCCGAGAUGGUCCCAGUUAUCAGCAGCAUGUAUCCCAUAGCCCUUACCAGGGCUGAGAUGCCCAACGGGGCCCCGCAGGACCUGGAAAAGAAGAGCAUUCACCUGCCAGAGAAGAACCUGCCUUCUGAAAGAGGCCUGUCCCCCAAUAACAGUGGCCACGACUCCACAGACACAGACAGCAACCAUGAGGAACGCCAGAAUCACAUCUACCAGCAAAGCCACAUGGUCCUUCCCCGGGCCCGAAACGGGAUGCCACUUCUGAAGGAUAUCCCCCGUUCUUUCGAACUCUUCAAGCCCCCUCCCAUCUGCCCAAGAGACUCCAUCAAAGUGAUCAACAAAGAAGGGGAGGUGAUGGAUGUGUUUCGGUGUGACCACUGUCGCGUCCUCUUCCUGGAUUAUGUGAUGUUCACCAUCCACAUGGGGUGCCACGGCUUCCGUGACCCUUUCGAGUGUAACAUGUGUGGAUAUCGAAGCCACGAUCGUUAUGAGUUCUCCUCUCACAUCGCCAGAGGAGAACACAGAGCCAUGCUGAAGUGA